CACGUUUAAUGAAUAUAGGCUUAAAAUUAUACCAGGCUAUAAAACUAGAAAGCUGGUCACUUUCUGGUUUUAGUAUUUUAUUUUAAAUUAGGCCUGCUUUUAAUAUUUCGUAUUCACGAGCAACUAUUUGUGUAGAUAUAGCCUAAUUAUCUUACAUUUUUGCGCGGAGAAAAGCAUAUAUGCUGUCACUUUAGUGCAAUAUAUCGCUGGCCAUCCAUUUUGGUCUCAGGGAAGGUCCGCAUGUGAGCGCAAUAAGUAACUGUAAAUCAAUUAAUACUGGGAGUCUAUAAAUAUCGUAGUGUCGCUACAAUAUCGUUAUUUGUAGGCAACUGGGUAAAAUACACAGGGCAAGUUUUCCUCUCAUCGUGUAAGUAGUCGAAAGUAUUUUAACCAGUGAAAUAAACUCACACUGUAGGCUAAGUGUAGUUUCAGUUCUGCCUUCUGAAAAUAACACAUUUCAUCCUGAGAUUUACACGAGAUUUGUGUUAACAAGCGCAAAGCCAGCGUUUUUCUAUAUCAAAGAAAGAUAGGCUACCGUUUGUAAAAGUAUAGCCUAUUCAUCGUUUUUAAUUUGGUAGUAUAAAUGGGGUGGAAGUUGGUUACAGUAUUUAGUACAGUAUAAAACACACAAAAACACUGUUUACUGCCUCUCAUACAGACACCGUGAGAUCUUCAACUUGUAAAGACUCAUUCUGUAGAGAACUGAGGACCAAAAUUCUUUUUUAAAUAAUAAUAAUCGUGCGCGAGAAAAAAAUACUGACCAAAGGUUUUAUAAAGCCACAACACUGAAACAUAUUCAGGCGUACGGUCAGAUAUUUUCUAACGGAUCGUAGAACACUAUAACUAAAAUGACCGACGGUCCAAGACAGCGAGGGAACGCGGCAUCGACGCCAGCCGGGGAUUCCUCUUCAGACACGGGAAAGGACUCUGGAGUGGCUCUGAAGAAAGAGAUCGGCCUCGUUAGCGCCUGCGGGAUCAUUGUGGGUAACAUCAUCGGGUCAGGGAUCUUCGUGAGCCCUAAGGGGGUGUUGGAGAAUGCCAGUUCGGUCGGGCUGGCCCUGAUCGUCUGGAUUGUCACCGGGAUCAUCACAGCCAUCGGGGCGCUAUGCUACGCCGAGCUGGGGGUCACCAUCCCCAAAUCCGGGGGCGACUACGCCUACGUCAAUGACAUCUUCGGAGGACUGGCGGGGUGAGAGACAAAAACAGACUGUAAUUGACUGCCUAGUGUUGCCCCAGUCAUUGUGAGGUUCAUGAAGCUUCUCCUGC